UAGCUGCAAAGAAAACAUUCUUUGCAGCAUCUAUUGCCGCAGCAUAUGCCCUGAGAUAGAGACAUAGCCGUGUUCGGUUUGGCUCGCUUGGCUCCGAACGCCACACACCCUCUAGUCCCCUCUUCUUUCGCUUCAUCGCUGCCAACUCCUCGGUGAACCAAGGAGAUGGUUUAGCUCGGGUACUCGAGAGGGGACGUUCCGGAGCGAUCGUGUCUAUUGCCCUAGCCGCCUCCUUGUUCCAGAGAACAACCAGAGCAUCGACAGAAUCACCAGCCAAGGUGGCGGGAAACUCCCCAAGUGAUUCCGGCCAUGAAAGCCUUCGGCAACAAGGACGCCCUAAGGAAAAUCAUCACCACGCUUGCUGUGAAGAACGAAGAGAUCCAGAACUUCAUCUACGUUCUCAAACAGAUGCUCCAGAACUUGGAGGCCAAUUCGGAUCGGGUCCAGAAGGAUUUGGAGGCUGAGUUCCAGUCAUUGUAUGCACUACUGGAUGAACUGAAGGAAGGGAUGGUCAUGAAGAUCAAGCAAGACCGGGCCAGCCGGACCUAUGACCUGCAGAACCAGCUGGCCGCCUGCACCAAAGCUUUGGAGAGCUCCGAGGAGCUGCUGGAGACGGCCAACCAGACCUUGCAGGGAGCCGAGAACCACGAUUUCAACCAGGCUGCGAAACAGAUCAAGGACAGCAUCACCAUGGCCCCCGCCUUCCGCCUGUCCCUCAAGGCCAAAGUGAGCGACAAUAUGAGCCACUUGAUGGUCGACUUCGCACAAGAACGUCGGAUGAUACAAUCCCUGAAGUUCCUGCCGGUCCCCAGCGCGCCAGAGAUCGACUUGGCUGAAUCUCUUGUCGCCGACAACUGCGUGACGCUGGCCUGGAGGAUGCCGGACGAGGACAGUAAGAUCGACCACUACGUGCUAGAGUACCGCAAAACCAACUUCGAGGGUCCUCCCCGGUUGAAAGAAGACCAGCCAUGGAUGGUCAUCGAAGGGAUCAAGCAGACCGAGUACACUCUCUCCGGGCUGAAAUUCGACAUGAAGUACAUGAAUUUCCGGGUCAAGGCCUGCAAUAAGGCCGUGGCAGGGGAGUUCUCCGAGCCCGUCACUUUGGAAACCAAAGCUUUCAUGUUUCGCUUGGAUGCCACCACCAGCCACCAGAACCUCAAGGUGGAGGACCUCAAUGUUGAAUGGGAUGCCAUGGGUGGGAAGGUGCAGGACAUCAAGGCACGGGAGAAGGACGGCAAAGGCCGGACUGCCUCUCCGGUGAACUCUCCCGCCAGGUGCGUGCAGUCGCCGAAAAGAAUGCCGACGGGACGCGGUGGGAGGGACCGCUUCACCGCCGAAUCCUAUACGGUCCUGGGAGACACCCUGAUCGAUGGCGGGGAGCACUACUGGGAAGUGCGCUACGACCGUGACAGCAAAGCCUUCGCGAUCGGGGUGGCCUACCGAUCCCUGGGCAAAUUUGACCAGCUGGGAAAGACCCCUUCUUCCUGGUGCCUCCACCUCAACAACUGGCUCCAAGUCAGCUUCACGGCCAAGCACAACAACAAAGCCAAAAUACUCGAAGCCCCCGUUCCGGAUAUCAUUGGCGUCUACUGCAAUUUCCAUGAAGGUUUCCUGACAUUCUACAAUGCUAAAACCAAGCAGCUGCUCCAUACGUUUCGAGCCAAAUUCACCCAGCCAGUUCUCCCAGCCUUCAUGGUUUGGUGCGGCAGCUUCCAUGUCUACUCCGGGUUGCAAGUCCCCGGCGCCGUCAAAUGCCUUCAGAAGCGCAACAGCGCCACCAGCAGUUCCAACGCCAGUUUAUCGUAGAGCUGCGCCACAUCGCAACCUCGCGAGGCCAACAAAUUACCAACAAAUUACGACACCAGUAUUGUUUUUAUUUUUCUUAGUACACGGAUUAUUUUCUCACCUCCUGGUUCUCAAGUCGCCCCACCAACUCACCAUGAAUGUAUUUCGUUUUCCUCUGUUGACGAUUGUACAAGAGAGAGGGAAAAAGUCCCCUGUUGUGAUCCGUCGCAGUGGCCUUUCUCCCAAAUCUCACACUUUUUUUUGCCUUCGGAACUUCGGUUGGAAAGAAAGACUGCAAACCAUGCCAGGCGUUUCCUCCAUGGUUCGUCUCGUUCUGUUGCCCAGAUUGUAUGGCUCACAGGAGGCCAAACAGUGCAAUGUUCUCAUUUGCCACAGUCAAAGUUCUAUUAUGAGGGUUGAAUGAAAAGUAAUGCCUCCACCUUCGUAACUCAACAGAUGGAAGUCCUGGUCUGCGGCAGGUCCUGGCUUAUUCAGUAGACUCUCCUCUACAGUUCCAUUUGGCGGGAAGCCUUAGCAUUGAACGGUUGUGCUGUUAAAGUGCGAAGUAUGGAACCCUGCGCAGACGGUCGGUCAAUGCGACUUAAGCAACGUGCAGUCAUUGAAGGUGUCACCCCAAAAGAGAUCCAUCCGAGAAUGCAAGUUGUUUAUGGUGAUUGUGUUGAUGUGAGUCCUGUGCAUCAUUGGGCAAGUAAGUUUAAAGAUGUUGAGGUGGGAAUGUCUGACUUGCGUGACAAACAUAGAGUUGGACGUCCUGUGACAGCAACCACUGAGUUUCACGAGCAAAAGCUUGACAGAUUGAUUCAGGACGAUCGUUGUAUCACUCAGAAAGAAACUUCAAGCAUAAUCGGCAUUUCACAAGAACGUGUGGGUCACAUUAUUGCUUUGUUUGGCUGUCGGAAGAUCUGCGCACGAUGGGUCCUGUGAGACGUCGGUUGCGAAAACCGAGUGUUGACUUCUUCCUUGACGGCUUCAGAAAACGUGUUCAUCAUUGGCAGAAAUGUAUCCAACUGUCUGGUGAUGAUGUGGAAAAGUGAGUAGUGGUUGUUAAAGAGCACAUUCUAAGGAUGAUUUCUGCAUUUGAUUUAUUUAAACACUCCCAUCCAAACCCAAGUCACGAAGGUGGAGGCAUUACUUUUCAUUCAACCCUCGUGUUUAGGGGAAAUUGCUCCAGAGGGGUCGGGGAACUUAUCCCAAUGACGACUGGAAACAAUAGGACGAGUCGUUGCGGAGGGUGGGAAUGGGGUGGUAAAGGCUGAAAUUUUAAAUAUAGGGACACGCCACACUGCACAGCUUUGUUGCUUGGUCUCACUGUUUUAGGGUGUGUCUCGUUUCACCAGUGGAUUCUGGGAGCUGCGGUCCAAAAAUAGCUCACUUCCACUUGGCAGUUUGUUUGUUUGAAAUGUCCUUGUUCAUUUCAACGUCUCACCACACAACCAGCUUCUGGCCUUAACAAUAAAUGGUAGACUUCUGCAUAACCCACACAA